GCGCGCGCUCGCGUGAGCGUGCCAGAAAUCCAGUCGAGCAGGAAGAAGACGGCGACACUUUGCAACGAAGCGCAGCCGCCUUAUAAGUUCGCAGUCCCCGGCCUUUCGACUCUGAGCCAUGAUAGCGACGUCCAAGAUCCGAAGACCGCCACGCCUCGUGGACUACGAGAGGCGAAAAAUUCGUCGAGUCUCCUUCCUCGAGUCCAGCACUGAGGACGUCACCGAGUGCACGGGCGGGUAUACUUCCGAGCCGACCAUCUCGUGGGCAAAAGAGGAACCGCGGCCAGCACUGUGGCCUCGCGACGCCAGGUACGACUUCCGGUUCGACCGCGACAACGUCGCACGCGAGCCCAACAUCGCGCCUACGGCUACGUCGGCGUCGCGUCUAUGCCAAGGGCCACAGCCCCCGCACGCGAGGUUGGUCCCGAAAGGCCCAGCGAUGCCGAGCUAUUCCCAAGGGCCGCCGCCGGGCAAGGCACGCGUUGAACUUUGCGACGCUAUGCCGAAGGCGCACGUGCUGCCAGGCGGGGACAGAGACGAACGCGACAGCCCGGAGAAGCCGUGGUUGCAGAGCUUCGGCAUCGGGGUGCUGGUGGCCGCGCUGGUCGCCGCUGUGAUCACCCUGGCGCUGACCGCUGAACGGCCGACGGAGGUGUAUCGGAAAGAAGCUUCGCCCUUUCCGCGCGAGGUGAAGCAGAUUACCCUGGCGGUUGGCAACAGGAUUGCCGCAUCGAUUGAGGCGAAAGAAGCUGUGGCCAGGAUUGAGACUAAAGGGGCGGCCAGGCUUCGAGAAGUCGUCACGAAAGUGAAGACGUCGAGCCCAGAGACGACCGACACGAGGACGCCACCUGCACACCGCCUGGGCAUCGAAAAUGAAACGAGGCCCGCGGACCGUAGGUGCGGCCGCCGCUUCUACACGUACUGCGAGCACGGGAGACGCGAGGCCUACUACAGCGGCCGGUCUCGCUCGUGCGCCUGGAGCGAGCGAGACCACGUGCGCGUCUGCAACCGCGGCGCCAACCGGUUCCGCAACCUGGGCACUUGUCUAGACAGCUGCGCCCGGGACCCGCCACGCGAACGCUGCUUCGAGAGCGUGCUCUUCACCGACUGCUCGCGGCAAGACGUGGUCGAAGAGUGGUGGUUCUUCGACGGUGCUCGCUGCGUCCGGUGGGACUUGCCGUUUGGUGACUGCCCGUCUUCCCGUGGUGGCCGGGCGUUCAGGUCCCGCAACGAGUGCUCCAGGAUGUGCAUGGAAUCGCGCCGAGGGCUAGAAGGUGCCUCGGCGCUUAAACGCAGCCGCUGUCGAGCCCCGGUCGCUAUCACGUGCGACAUUCGCCACAUCCGGUACCCGUACUUCGCGGACAUGAACGCCCGGGGCCACGCCCGGUGCGUCAGGGCAUGGAAGCCCACCCUGCUGAGUCGACUUUGCCUCGUCGGGUCGAAUCGGUUCGACUCACUCUCGACCUGCAGCCGCGUGUGCGGGAGUUCACCACCGGACGGUUUUGUGAAUCCUGAGCGUCAAACUUUGCAGAACAACGGCGUUAGCGGUACUUUGCAAAUAAACGAACCGUGAUGUUUCCUUUGUUUAAACUUUUGCA